AUGCACAAGCGGCCUUAUCCGAUAGCUCUGCAGAAUUCGUCGUCUUCCUCUGAUGUGAUCUCGCAACCGCCACCAUCUCGUCAAAAGCGAGCGCUUAGUCAUCUGAACAUUCACAUAAUUAAUGCAAAGUUUGAUUCGGGGGAAAUCGACGAGCUCCAUAGCCUAGCGGAGCGCCUAGGCGCCAAUAAUCAAGGAUCGAUCGAGGCCGCUGAUGUUAUUGUUACGCGUAUUCGAGUGGCAAAGAGACUGGAGCGGCACAUUAAUCUCGAUUUAGCAUCACGGAAGAUAGUUGUUGAUCCCAAUUGGCUGAGAGCUUGCGCCCAAACUAAUGACUGCGCACCAUUCCAGCCAUACUCAUCAAUGUCCUUUCCUGCGUUGUCUGGGUCACCUCAACUGCAGAGGGCCUUCGGUGCGGCACCAAAUCAUGAACUAGAAUAUGCAGGCGAGACAUCUUUUGAGACAACGUUAUCUGAGGCAACGCCAGCAGUUCCUGAUCCAUCAAUCUCGUACAAGGCUCGACUGUCGACGCAUAGAUUGUCGCCCCUAAUUUGUCCGAAUCAGGCCCUUGCACUAGAAUUCGCUGUAAUAAUGAAAUGGAGAGCCUUAGAAGGAGAUGCAAGGAGCGAAUUGAGCUAUUCUCGAAGCAUUGGCGUGACAUAUCCCUUUAAGAUCAAACGUGUGGAAGAAAUUGCGGACCUACCAUACAUCGGGCCAAAGACUCGAAAGAUGACGGAGGAAUUUCUCCGGACAGGGUGCAUAGAGGAAGCUAAUCGCGCUCGGGCAUCAAACCGGUUUUCGGUCUUAUCAGAAUUCAUCACUAUAUAUGGCAUUGGGUCAAGCAAGGCCCGUGAGCUAUAUACCCAGGGACAUCGCACUCUUGACGAGCUUCGUAGCCAUUUUAACAACCAGGGAGGAAAGGCUAUGAAGGAGAGCGGGUUACUGGAAUCUUUGCGGCUGAGAGAUGAGUUAGCAAUAAAGAUUCCCAGAGCAGAAGUCGAAGAAAUGGCUAGCGUUGUCAUGGCACACCUUGACCAGAUUAAACCAGGCUUCCAUCAUACGAUAUGUGGAGGGUACCGACGAGGAAAGGAACUUUCUAACGACGUCGACAUAGUAUUCUCUGGCCCUGCGAGCAACCCAGACGAAGAUAAAAGCAUAUGCAAAACCCUUGUUGGGAGGCUCCAAGAUAGAGGUCUAGUCACCCAUGUCAUGUAUGCCUCGUCGUUUAGUUCUCGACAUGGUCGACUUGCGCGAACGAACCGACUUGAUUCAAACAUGGAUGUUCUGGAUAAAGCCCUAACUGUGUUCAAAUCGAACAAAGAAGGCAGUGUUCACCGGAGGCUAGAUCUGAUCUUCGCACCUUGGGAAGCUUAUUGGACUGCAGUCGUGGGAUGGUCCGGCUCCAAGCAGUUUGAGAGGGACCUAAGGUUGUGGGCCAAAGAAAGAGGAUUGAAGUUUGAUAGUGGUGGGAUCACUAUGCGAAACAACUCCAAGAUGUUGGUUGCACACAGUGAACGCGAGGUUUUUGAUAUUCUAGGACUUCCUUGGAUACCGCCCACCAUGCGAAACGCCGAUGUGUAG